CGCGGCGCGAGGACACGCCUCCGCUCGAGCAGAGCGCGGCAGGAAUGGAGCACGUCGCGCGCCCUCUGAGUCCGCCCGCGAGCCGCUUCCUCUCAAGAAAACUUCCAAGCCGAGCUGGGCUGCGUGUAUCUGUGUGAGUGAAUGUGGCGGGGGAAAGAGCUCCAGCAUGAUGCAGUGUUUACGGAGAGAGCCGAAGAGGAGCCGCUCCGACGAGCUGGUGUACGAGGCGCACCGCAAGGCGGCGGCGAGCGAGAACGGGAGGCUGAUCGGCUUGGAAGGGGAUGCUGACCUCCAGUUUCUGCUUGCGGGGGGGGAGCUCCUGAAGGUGCGCUCCAACUCCUGGAAGAAGAAUCGCACCUUCAAGCUGCAGGAGGACUGCAGAACCAUAUGGCAGGAGUCCCGUAAAGCCAUGAGGUCCAGCCAAACAUUCUCCAUCGAUGAUAUCGAGGCGGUGCGGCUGGGCCGGCAGUCCGAAGGCCUUCAGAAGUAUACGGAGGAAGCCCUGGAAGACCGCUGCUUCUCCAUUAUCUUCAAGGGCCGCCGCAAGAACCUGGAUCUCAUUGCCAGCUCGAAGGAGGACGCCUGCAAGUGGGUCACCAGCCUGGAGAAGGUCAUCACCAACCUACGCAAUCUGAGCAGCAAGCAGAAGACGGAGCACUGGAUCUACAACUGCAUGCGCAAUGCUGACAAAAACAGCGACAACAAAAUGAGCCUGAAGGAACUCAAGCACUUCCUGCACCAGAUCAACAUAGAAGUUGAUGACGAAUAUGCUCAGAUGCUCUUUGCGAAAUGUGACAAGUCCAAGUCAGGACAAUUGGAAGGUUCUGAAAUCGAAUAUUUCUACAAACUUCUGACCGCGCGGGAGGAAAUCGAUGUCAUCUAUGACAAGUAUGCCCAGACAAACAGACAGAUGAGUGCCAAGGACCUUCUCAGCUUCCUGCAGAAUGAGCAACAAGAAGGUGUUUCCUUGGAUGAUGCCCUGAAGCUCAUAGAGAAGUAUGAGGUGGACAAUGCAGCCAAGGAGAAGCAGCAAAUGACUAAGGAUGGAUUCCUGAUGUACCUACACCAGCCGGAGGGCAUGAUCUUAAAUCCUGCCCACAAAGAUGUUUACCAGGACAUGACCCAGCCCCUUAGCCAUUACUUCAUCUCUUCCUCUCACAACACCUACCUGAUGGAGGAUCAGCUGAAGGGCCCUAGCAGCACAGAGGCCUACAUAAGGGCUUUAAUGAAGAGCUGCCGCUGCGUGGAGCUCGACUGCUGGGACGGGUCAGAUGGCGAGCCGAUCAUCUACCAUGGCUACACGCUCACCUCCAAGAUUCUGUUCAAAGAUGUCAUCAAAGCUAUUAAGGAGUAUGCCUUUAAGACCUCGGAGUACCCGGUGAUCCUCUCCCUGGAGAACCACUGCAGCCUGGAGCAACAGAAGCUCAUGGCCAAACACAUGACUUCCAUCUUGGGUGAUGCUCUGCUUGCCAAGCCCCUAGGAGAUGAGAUGCCCACAACUUUCCCUUCACCUGAGGAGCUGAAAGGCCGGUUCCUGAUAAAGGGGAAGCGUCUGAACAAGCUGGAGGAGGCCUUCAGCCCCAGCAGCACGACGGAUGAGAACGAGAGCAUAUCAGAGGAUGACGAGGCCGCCGACAUGGUGGAGGACGCGGAGAAGAAGCCGAAGAAGUCAAAGAAGAUGAAACUGGCAAAGGAGCUUUCUGACCUUGUCAUCUACUGCAAGAGCGUCCACUUCCAAGGAUUCGAGCAUGCGAGAGAGAGCCAGGAGUUUUACGAGAUGUCCUCCUUCAAGGAGGGCAAGGCGGAGAAACUGGCGGAGGAGUCAGCAAAUGAGUUCGUUUGUCACAACGUGGACAAGCUGAGCCGGAUCUACCCAGCAGGGUCCAGAGCGGACUCGUCCAACUAUAAUCCCGUUCCCCUGUGGACUGCUGGCUGUCAAAUAGUGGCCUUGAACUUCCAGACACCCUCUGAUGAGAUGGACCUGAACCAGGGCUGGUUCUUGCCCAACGGUAUGAGCGGCUACCUCAUGAAGCCGGAGUUCCUGCGGGACCGCGCGUCUGAAUUCAACCCGGUCAACCUGACAAAGGGGAAGUGGCUGCAGCACAAGACUCUCCACGUCAUGGUCAUUUCAGCCCAGCAACUGCCCAAAAUUAACAAGAAAAAGGAGUCCUCCAUAGUAGACCCUCUGGUGAGGGUGGAGAUCCACGGCGUACCCGCUGAUGCGGCCAGCAGAGAGACAGACUACAUUGAGGACAACGGGUUCAAUCCGAUGUGGAACGAAAACUUCCAGUUUGACGUCUGCGUGCCCGAACUGGCGCUGGUGCGUUUUGUGGUGGAGGACUACGAUUCCACUUCUCAGAACGACCUCAUUGGACAGUACACACUGCCCUUCACCAGUUUACAGAACGGAUACCGACACGUCCCCCUGCUCACAAAGAACGGCGACAUCAUCCCCUCAGCGGCACUCUUUGUUCACAUCAUGGCGGUAGAGGCUGAGUAGAGCAACAUCCCCCCCCCCCCGUGGCCUGCAGCAACGAAGGCCAAAGGGUGUGGACGUUGCACUCCCUCAAGAGCCAAAGUCUUAAAACGAAAAUCCCGCCAUCAGUCACAUAACAGGACAUUUUGGAUUCUCUGCUUUUCCAAAUCAAAGAGCAGUGCAGUGAUUUAAUUCAUGCUAGAAUCUGAUAUUUUUAAUUUUUUUUUUUUUUUUUUUUAUAUAAAUAAAAAGCAAGACAGUGAGCAUGAGUGGUCACUUUGGUCAGAGCCACUCCAGAACAACUGACACAUUGGACUGGGGGGGAUUAUUAAACACUCCAGUGUCUUAAUGGAUGAAAAUGAAGAUCUGUGACAUCACUUCACCAUCACUGAACCUUUUGGUUUCUGUGUUAAUUUCUGAGCUUUAUUAUGAGGCAAGAUAGAUGUGAGCGCUGGGGCCAGUGCGCGUCCUGUGCGCAUUGUACCGUUACCACGUAUGACUGUGUCCCGCUCUACGAUCAGUAUGUUGAGGAAAGGCUGUUCUCAUGCAUGUUCUUGAAAAACUGAGUGCAUAAUUUGAACGUUGUCGCUUUGCUGUCGUAGGUGUCUACUGAUCGCAUGGUGUAAAGAGCGCCUCAUUUUAAAAUAAAUGUACUCUCGAGCCAUGUCCAUGUCGCUACACACACUUUAUCAUUAGCUCAGUGACCUCGCUGCCAAAGAACAGGUGUGUGUGUGUGUGUGUCAGAAUGAAACGCUGCCAAUCUCUGGGACUUGCCUUUCUCUUUUGCUGUAACUUUUUUUUUUUUUUCCUUAAAUUUCAGAAACCGUGGUAAAAGGUUCAAUAAAGAUUGCAAAAAUCCCAUUUCCACAGUG